UGUAAAAUUGAAGAUGAACCAUGAAAAGCAUUACGUUUUUAUUAUAGGACAAUUAUUCUCCAGAAACGAGUUUGUAUGCGGAGGAAGUAGCAAUCCCUGUGUUGAAAUCCAAUAUUCUCUUUCAGCAAAUAGCACUGGCUAUGUUUCUCCGUCCGGUUCCUUGUUUCUCAUUGUCUUUAUCAACCGACACUAAAUUAGUGUUGAAUGCUGAGCGCUACUCGUGGAACAGAGGAGGGCGAGGGUAUUUGAGUUUCAGAAGCAGCAGAAGACAGACAAGGAGGUGGUGUGCAGGGGGCGACGCAGACGCAGGGCCUAAUCAUAAUCAUAAUCAUAAUGGCUUCUCCAACUUCAGCCAAGGAGAAGGACCAGCAGCUCCUGUUUUAUCCAAGAGCAGAAGGGAGAUUCUUUUGGAGUAUGUAAGAAAUGUGCAACCAGAAUUUUUGGAAUUGUUUGUGAAAAGAGCACCACCACAGGUUGUGGAAGCAAUGCGUCAAACUGUAACAAACAUGAUAGGGACACUACCGCCACAAUUCUUUGCCAUAACUGUAACAACUGUAGCUGAGAAUCUGGCACAGCUUAUGUAUAGUGUGAUGAUGACUGGGUAUAUGUUCAAGAAUGCACAAUAUCGUCUUGAGUUGCAGCAAAGCCUAGAACAAGUGGCACUUACUGAUGGACAAAAUAUUAGGUCAAAUCCAGAAUAUGCGCCAGGCACACAGAAAAAAGUAAGCGGUGAAGUAAUCAGGUGGCAUAAUGAUUCUGGGCCAGAGAAAAUUGAUGCUCUAAAAUACAUAGAACUCUUAGAAGGUGAAAUUGAUGAACUGCAACGUCAACUGGAAAGGAGAAAGGCAUCCAUUGGACAGAAUGAAAUAUUGGAGUAUCUUAAGUCACUUGAACCCCAGAACUUGCAGGAACUGACUAGCAGUGCAGGAGAGGAUGCAUUGGAUGCAAUGAACACAUUUGUUCAGCGUUUGCUUGGUGUUUCUGACCCAGCACAACUUAAGAGAACACCAACAGAGACAACUGCCCCAGAGCUUGCUAGGUUGCUUUAUUGGCUGAUGGUGGUUGGUUACAGCAUUCGAAAUAUUGAAGUUCGAUUUGACAUGGAGCGUGUCCUUGGAAUGCCAGCGAAGCUUCCUGAAUUACCACCUGGUGAAAAUCUUUGAGUAGCAUAGAAGAUUCAAACUUGUUAUCAGGUAUAUGAUAUAAUUCAUGGAGUGGCUUGGGAAUGCUUAUCCAAGCCAUUGGUUGAAAUGUAAUACCAUUGUCAUCCUUGGGGUUAUGUCUUAUACAACUCAGGUUGACUGAUAUGUUGAUUUUUUCUAUAACAUUCUUAAAUGAAAAAAAUAUCAUCAUUUCUGUA